GGAUGGGGUUUGGCAGAAUUGUAGCUGGUUUCAUGAAGGGAGUGACGGUGGUUGUUACGCUUAAAGGUGGACUUGAAAUUGUAAAAUCUAUAUACUCAAAAGAGCCAUCAAACAGAGACCUUGGCAACAAAAUAGAUGGGUUGUCACAGCACACUACAGCAAAGUUUGAAGAACAAACCAACAAAAUUCUUGAUGCAGUGGAAAAGUGCGGUAAAUCAACUGGUGGAAGUGGUGCAGGUCCAGCUUGA